AUGUGGCGGCGACUCUGCGCGCAGCGGGUGGUGGUGGUGCGGGCGCAGCUGCAGCAGCGGGCGGGGGCGCCACGCCGCGGUCUCCUGCUGCGGCACACGGGCGCAGUAUUAUCGACGGGCCGCACGGGGCAACAAGGGCGGCGGGGGGAAACGGGCGUGGAGGGGGAGAGCGCCGAGCGGCUCGCCGGUGAGGUGACGGCGACGCGGAACGAGUCGCAGCUUAUGGCGGAGGAGAUGCAGCAGGCGGGCAGCGCGCGCCUUCCCGCGGCGGCCGCGAAUGACUGGACGGAGCCCGCGCUGGAGGACCUGGAUCGCUCCAUCCCUCAGGUGGACUGUGCGUUUAUCGCCGACCUCAUCCGUGCCCGCACCGCGCGCCGGAAGGAGUUCCUGCAGGCGAAGGAGCGGGUGCGGGCGAAGGUGGCCGCGCUAAGCAAACGCCAGGCAUCGUCGGUGGUGGAGGCUGCGCGGUUCCCCGUCCUCGGCGCGGGCCGCGGCGGCAGUGGCAGUAGCAGCGAUGGCCUCACUGCAGGCGACGACGGCGAGCAGCAGCAGCAGCAGCAGCAGAUCGCGGCGUCGCCGGAGGUCGUUGCGCAACUCACCGAAGAGGAGCGCGACGCCCUGCUGUCGUCGCGGCCGGAGUACGACGACGGCUUCGUGCUGCUGGACUGCCGCACGGUGAAUGAGGUGACGUCGUGGGGGAUGAUCGAGGGCGCCAAGCUGCUGCCGGCGCACGAGAUGUUCGACGGCUUUCACCUCACGCCGGAGGAGUUUGAGGUGGAGUUUGGGUUUGCCAAGCCGCGGCCGGAGCAGAAGGUGAUCUGCUACUGCCAGUACGGCCCCCGCUCCCUGAUGGCGGCGCAGAUACUGAGCUGGAUGGGCUACAUGAACGUGCUGCACUUCCGCGACGGCUACUACGAGUGGGGAAAGCAGUACAACCUGCUGCUGCGCCGCUGGAUGCUGCACGACAAGGAAUCCGGCAACGAGGUGAGGCGGCAGGUGGCGUUUCAGGCCGGACUCGAGCUGCAGCGUGAGAUUGCGCCGGAGUUCAACGCGCUGCCGAGGCAGGAGGCGGACCGCUACCGGCUUGACACCACCCGCAGUCGGGGGAGGCUGCUUGUGGGCGCCGGGGUGCGUGAGGCGGCGUGCAGGCAGGUGGCCGCGCUCGUCGCCGGCAUGCAGCCGCCGCUGCUCCCCGGCGUCCUCGACGACGCCGACCGGGCGGCUGCCACGCCGGACGGCGGCGCGGUCGGCAAACGUGAGCGGCACCUCCAGCGCUUCCUGCGGCAAACGACGGGGAUGGACGCGCGGGAGGACACGCGGCCGGCCAUGGGCGUGGCGGAGGCGCAGCAAAAAGUCAUGGAUGCCUUCACGCGUCGCGACGGGGGUAGUCACCCGCAACAUCGUUAA